CCCUUCUUCACAAAAUCUCAACGACCAAAAAUGCUCACUUCAUGGAGAAGGCGCCGCGCUAAGACGAAUCAUCGCAACUCCGGCGGCGUCCCGGACCUCACCAUCCCCAACCAUUUCCUCUGUCCUAUCUCGCUCCACCUCAUGGAAGAUCCCGUCACUCUCUCCACCGGCACCACCUACGAUCGCCGGAGCAUCGAGACGUGGAUCGAAGCCGGCAACGCAACCUGCCCCGUCACCAACCAAGUCCUCAGAGACCUCGAACCCAUCCCCAACCACGCCAUAAGGAAAAUCAUCCAAGACUGGUGCCGCUCCCAUGGCGUCCACAGGAUUCCCACUCCGCGGAUUCCGAUUACCUCCUUCGAGGUUUCCGAGAUCUUCGCAAGAAUCUUCGACGCCAAUGACGAAGACAGGUGCCGCGAAUUGGUCUCCAAGAUCAAGGAAUCCGCGAAAGAGAGCGACAGAAACAAACGAUGCUUCGUCUCUAACGGAGCCGGCAGAGUUCUCUCCGCCGCCUUUGGAGCCUUUUCGAGAAAGGGGUGUGCAGAGGAAACCGUCGCUGUGCUAGCAGAAAUCUUGUCUGCGAUGAUGAUGUUGACGCCGGUUCUCGAUGAGGAGACGAGCCGCAACCUCUCGUCCCCGCCGUCGCUGCAGAAGAUAGUGUGGUUCUUGAGGUUCGGUAGUUUGUCGGGGCGGAGGAAUGCGGUGUUGGCUCUAAAAUCAAUUGUCUCGUUCGAUGAAGAAACGGUUGGCGAGGUUGUUAAGAUGGGAGGCGCGCUAGAAGCACUAGUGAAGCUGAUCAAAGAGCCGAUUUGCCCUGCCACCACAAAAGCAUCUCUAGUUGCAAUGUACCAUUUAGUGAAACAAAUCGAAUAUUCUCCGUCGAUGCGUUUGGCGGAGAUGGGAUUGGUGCAGCUACUUCUGGAAAUGGUUGUAGAGGCGGAGAGAAGCGUGUGCGAGAAAGCGUUGGGCGUGUUGGACGGGAUGUGCAGCAAUGAGGAGGUGAGAGAGAGGGCGAGAGAGAAUGCGCUGAUGAUACCGGUUGUGGUGAAGAAGGUGCUGCGAGUUUCGGACAUGGCGACGGAGUUUUCGGUUUCGAUUAUGUUGAAGCUGGUGAGGAGUGAGGAGGAGAGUGCGGCGGUUGAGGCGCUGGGAGCGGGAGCGUUUCAGAAGCUGCUAUUGGUGUUGCAGAUUGGGAGCGAUGAGGUGACGAAAGAGAAGGUGACGGAGUUGUUGAAGGUGUUGAAUAGGUAUAGGAAUAGGGUUGAGUGUGUGGAUUCUUUGGAUUUCAAGCAUCUCAGAAGGCCCUUUUGAUUUUUAGGCACGUGCAUGCCCGCCCUUACAAAUUAACUUCAUUCAUUGUAUUUAUAUUAUGUCAAACAAAAUAUCAAACAUACUUCAAUUCAUAUA